AUGCUACGCUCUCUGGCAUUGGGCGCUCUGCUUGGGACUGGCUCGGUCCUGGCAACUGUGUCAUGUUCUGCUGACAGCAAGUGCCCCAAGAGCACCCCAUGUUGUUCCACGUAUGGCGAGUGUGGUGUUGGAGCAUACUGCCUUGGUGGUUGCGAUCCCACCAUGUCAUACUCUCUUGACUCUUGCAUGCCUGCUCCUGUUUGCCAGGACCGCACUCUCACCAUGGACUCACUGGAUCGUGUUUCUGAUGUUAGCGAUUACCUUGGAAACUCCACCGAAGCGGAUUGGAUGUCGUCCGGAGACCCUCUUUUGUACAAGGGAAACACUCUUUUAACCAUGCCGAAAGACAGUUCCGGGACUGUUUUAUCCUCUACCGUAUAUAUGUGGUACGGCAAUGUCAAGGCUCGCUUGAAAACGAGUCGAGGUGCCGGCGUUGUGACAGCAUUUAUUCUUUUCUCCGAUGUCAAGGAUGAGAUUGAUUUCGAGUUCAUCGGUGUAGACCUUGAAACAGCCCAGACAAAUUAUUACUUUCAAGGCAUAACGACCUACCCAACACACGCAUCGAAUCUCACCAUGAGUGACAGCUUUGACAACUUCCACGACUACGAAAUUCGCUGGACUCCGGACACGGUCGAGUGGUACAUCGACGGCACUCUGGGCCGCACUUUGAACAAGAACGACACCUGGAACGAGACGAGUCAAAAUUUCGAUUUCCCGCAGACUCCUGCGCGUGUUCAACUAUCCCUCUGGCCAGGCGGUCUUUCCACCAAUGCCGCCGGAACAAUCGCCUGGGCUGGAGGUGAGAUUGACUGGGACGCCGCGGACAUCGAGAAUUACGGGUACUAUUUUGCUACCUUCAGUGAGGUUGUUAUGGAGUGCUACAAUACUUCUACGGCCCCGGGAACGAACUCUGGCAAGAGUUACACGUAUGAUAGCCUCCGUGCUACCAAUGAUACCGUCGUUGACGGCACCGAGGACACGAUUCUCGCCUCUUUCCAAGCCACGGGACUCAACCCUAACAAAGGAGAGAAGUCAUCCUCAAGUUCUGAUACAGUCCCCGGUAGCAGUUCUUCGGGGAAUGACCACAGCGACGAUUCUAGUUCCAGUUCCAGUGCUAGCUCUAGCGCCAGCUCCACUGCCAGCUCAUCAGUUGAUGCAGCCAACUGCAAAGCAACAUCCUUCAGCCAAGAUUGUGCCAGCAGUAGCAGCAAAACUAGCGGCACGCGGACUAGCGCCAGUGUUCCAUUUCUCGUUAUUGCUAGUUGUGCUUUGCUCUGCCUAUAG